UUAUGGUUUAUUAAUGUAUGGAGGGUAUUGUAAAACUGUGAAGGUGUGCCACUGAUUGCACCUUGUUGGAAAAACUGCUAUUUUCUUUUAUCCAUUUGUUUUGAUUGCAAUUUUGUUUCUUUAUUUAAUUUUCAUUAGCUUUGAAUAGUGGUUAAAAAGUCUUAAAUAGUGCUGCAAGUAACAAUUAUUUUAUUGGCAAUAAAUCUGUAAGGUUUUUUUAAUUUUUUUUUUUUAACAAAUCGUUCACUGUGUAAACGAUUACUAAAAGUAACCCUCCGUUCAUUCAUUCAUUUUCCGUAACGGCUUAUCCUGUUAGGGGUCGUGAGGGGGCUGGAGCCUAUCCCAGCUGAUAUUGGGCGAGGGAUGCGGUACACCCUAGACAGAUCGCCAGACUAUCAUGCGUUUUUUUGCAUUUGGUUUGCAAUCGGAUAGCGGUUACCCACAUACAUUUAUACCUGGUAGUAAUGUGUCUCUGGUGUCCGCAUCCAGGUCCGUUUGCUAUCUGAUCAUGCUCCCUUCCGCUGACGUCACAUCCUCCUCUUCUUCAUCUGCAAACAUUUCCAGCAGCAGACUACAAUGUCAUAUCCUGUGCACCGCAAUAACAACAACAACAACAACAAGAUGUUAGCUGCCCGUGAAGUCGCGUUAUUGUAUGGACCCCUUUGUCGGACCAAAUGGAGUGCAGACACUUCGUCUCACCGUGACUACAUCCUCUACUAUCAUCCGUGUUUUCUUUUUCUUGGCAGUCGCUACCCAGUGAGGGUUGUUGUUGUAGUUGUCUUCUUCCUUCUUCCUCUGUCCAGCUGACGUACCUUGCUUACAUAUUUUCCCCCACGGAGAUGUUACAUGUGGAUUGGAGAUGCAUUUGCAUUUACACUUGCGUUCGAUGUGGUCACAAUGCGUCCCUGACCACCUUCAGAAGUGGUUUGGCAGAUUGGAUAACAAUCCGUCCUCAAUGCGGUUCGAGUGUAUUUACACCUGUUAACCUAACAUGCAUUUCUUUGGACUGUGGGAGGAAGGUGGAGAGCCCAGAGAAAAUCCACGCUGACACAGGGACAAGAUGCAAACUCCCCAUCCCGGUUCAAAUCAGGAAACCUCUUGCUGUGAGGCGACAACGCUAACCACUGCAGUACCGUGCUGCUGAAAAAAGAAAUGAAAUUGUAGAUAAUGCUCAUCACAACUAACGAGCUCAAGUCGGGGAUGCUGGUCGCUCCUGUGCUGGCAAACCUCGGCCCCAUAGAGGAGUUGUCCUUCAAACCAAACCCUGGAGAGGUGGAGGAGAUUUUCACCCUGUCUUUGUCCCACCUGUGCAACCCUCAGAACCGCGGCUACACACACUUCCGCGUCGGCGACAAGUACGGCUACACCCUUCCAGUGUUUUGUAAUGGGAAGCAUCGAGUGUGGGGCCUGACAGCUGUGGCCCUAGACCAUACCCUGAAACUCAUUGUCCCUUCGUAGCAGCUCGGUCGUGGUUUCUCUACAAUCUACAGUGCACUUAGCACUAAAGCACAUAUGUGACUCAAAGAUUUGACAAAUGUGCAAUCAAGCUUUGUGUAGCAAACUCUCGUCAGGAAUCAAGUGUGAAUACUUAAUAUUUUCAUACAUCCACUCUGAAGUUAUGAAGGGAAAAUUCCUUUCCUGUCAGAAGGAUUUUUCCUUGUGUGCACUUUCUGAGCCUCGUGUGUGUGUAUAAGAAUCUCUUGAACGGACUGUGUGUAUAAAGAAGGUGGCCAGCUGUGAUGAUGUCACUGAUACAGAGCAGGUGUUGGCAGUCUUUGUAGAUCUGAUGUGGAGUAACAACAUCAAAAAGCAGUGCCAACACACCUAAUUAUAACUGAUUCUUACCUGAACAUUAUCAGUAGCUAAUGUAUAUCUAUAUAAAUAUUAUGGACCGCUUUAAUUUCAAAUGCUUUCAAAUCCUUUUCCAAUUAAACUUGAAAUGUUCUGUUACCAAUUAAAUCGAUUUCAACAA